CGCAAUCACAACUGCAGUGCUGGUUUGGACAUCGUGCGGGUAGUACGCGAUUGUCGAGUGUUGACGGUUUCGCACAAAUAAUCGUGACGAAAGUGAUGUAUGUGGAAAGGACAGUGAAGGGAUUUCUUUUUUGACAGUCAUUGACCUGAGAAACUCGGCAUCAUGGGGAACGAUGAGAAAAAAGGCAGUAUUGUCCUCGAGAAUUUUAAUUCCACGGCAAAUCUCGCUUCGAAUCCAGGCUUUCAGUCAACGCUAAGCUUAGGCUCAAAAGAAGUAAUCAAUGAAAAAGCCUACAAUCCAUUCGAACACAGAAAAGUGGAACACCCUAAUUCAACAAUAGGCUCUCUAGUACAUCUGCUGAAGUCGUCGCUAGGGUCUGGUAUACUGGCGAUGCCGGCCGCCUUCAAGAAUGCGGGAUUAGCAGCCGGAGCCAUCGGCACAUUAGUCGUCGGAUUCAUUUGUACACAUUGCGUUUAUGUUUUGGUCAAAACGUCUCAAGAAGUAUGCGUAGAUGCCAAGAAGCCAUCCAUGGGGUUCGCGGAGACGUGCGGUGCUGCAUUCGAAUUUGGACCUAAAAGACUAAGACCUUGGGCUAAUUUUGCAAGAACUUUUGUUGACUACGCGAUGACAUGUACUUAUUUGGCAGCACUCUGCGUGUACAUUGUAUUUAUAGCAGAAAAUUUCAAAGAGGUCCUCGACGAAUACAUCCCAGAAUACAAGUUAUCAGUAGAAGCAUACUGCGCACUGACCCUGGUGCCUUUAGUUCUAAUCUGCCAGAUUCGGAACCUCAAGUGGCUGGUCCCCUUCUCGGCUAUAGCCAAUGUGUUCCUGGUCAUCUGCUUCGCCAUCACCAUGUAUUAUAUCUUCAGUGACCUGCCUAAACCUGAGGGGAGGGUUGUGGUCGCCAGUGUGACGCAAUGGCCUUUGUUUAUCAGUACUGUGAUCUUCGCAAUGGAAGGCAUCGGCGUGGUGAUGCCGGUUGAGAACGAGAUGGCCAAACCCCACCAGUUCCUCGGCUGUCCUGGAGUCCUGAAUGUGGCUAUGACCAUCGUCAUAUCUCUGUAUGGCAUCGUUGGAUUCUUCGGAUACAUGAAGUAUGGAGAUGAUGUUAGGGGAAGUGUGACUUUAAAUCUGCCACAGGAUGAAGUUCUCGCUCAAAGCGCCAAGAUCCUGAUGGCGUUAGCGAUCCUGUUCACGUACAGCCUGCAGUUCUACGUGCCGAUGGAAAUGAUCUGGAGACAGCUGCACAACAAGGUCUCCGUGAGGUAUCACAACAUCACGCAGAUUGCUAUUAGGACCACUGCUGUUGUUGGAUCAGUUGCCCUCGCAGCGGCCUUCCCAGACCUGGAGCUAUUCAUCAACCUCAGCGGUGCCAUCUUUCUCUCAACACUCGGCCUCCUGACUCCAGCCAUCAUCGACACCGUGCACAAAUGGGACAGAGGACUUGGACCCUUCAAGUGGAUCCUUUGGAAGAACAUCUUCAUCGCCAUGAUAUCUCUCGUGGCCCUCUUUGCAGGAUCCUAUACAUCCAUCAGGAGUAUGGUUGAUAAGUUCUAUGAGACUCCAGUUUUGGAGAUCGUUGCAAACGUCACGAGUGUUUCAAUGAAUGACACUUUGAGCGUAUGAUAGUAGUUUAGUUUGUUAUUGAUAAGGUGAAAAUAUUUUAAUGAAUUUUGUAAAUACCUUUAAGAUUAAAAGACAGAAGAAAUCUUACGUCAAACUGCUGUCAAUGCUGUAACAGCAAAUGAUGGUAAAGGUAUUUAAAAAUUCGACUUUAUCCAUGAAGAAUAAUUGUAAUUAUUUUUUAAAUAAUUAAUUAAAUAAUUAAUAAUUGUAAUUAAAUAGUAGUUGACAUUUCAGACAUAGAUAAAACUACUUUGUAAGAUUGUUAAGAUAAAUAGUCUCAAGGACUAUAAACUCGCUAAUUAGGUUGUGAUUGUUAAUUACAAGACGUUUUUAGAUGUCGAAAGCCUGUCUGAAAGCCGUUAUUAUGCCCAGAAAUAUUUUUUCUAUUCCUUGGCUAUGUUUUUACCAUUUAGUUUUAUUACUUUCUUACGUUUACAAUAACGUUAUUCUAAGUAAUUUAAAUAUUAUUCUUCGAUUAUCUUCAUUUCUACAUAUUUUAUCGAUUACCUCAGACGGGCUCUCUUGUAAAUUAUAAUAAGUGGAAUAAUACAAUUAACUCUCCACGUGUUAGUGUUAAGUAUUGACAUAAUGUAGUGACGAUAUAAACACAGGUGGAUCAUAGCCGUUUUCUGUUUUGAACUUGGCUGUACUCUGCCAUGCACCCAAAUUGUCAUUUUAUCACUUUAGUCUUGGAAAAUAGAUUUGUAUUCACCAGAAUAAAAUUAUCAUAAAGUUGUAGAACGCAGUUUCUGGCACCUCGAGUGUAUUUUUCGAAAAUAAAUUGAAUUAAUUAAAUUAAGUUCAGAGAACAAUUUGUACCCAUAACGUUUAAUGAGAGACUACAACUACAAAUACAUGAUUGUUAUAAAUUGCCAAUUAAGUUUAAGUAGUACAUAAGUAAAGUUAAUGUUUGUAGAUUUAAGUUUAAUCUUUCAACGACAAUAUUUUUUGUAUUAAUUUAAGCACAUAAGGGGGUCGAAUAAUAAGAAAAACUUUUAUUUAUUGACCAUUUUAGUAAUUCUGCUCUUUACACUUGGAAUAAAAAAAUUGAUUCAGUUAUGAAGAAAUCAGCUAUGAAAACAAAAACUGGAGAAAAAAAAACUCUGAAAAAUGAACGUGCAGAGUUUCCAAUAAGUUGAAACGAUUUCAACUUUUUGUAAAUAAUCCUGAUUUAUUGC